UAUACCGAUAAACUUUAAUACGUAUUAAGUAUACAUUGACCAAUCAUAGCCAUUCCUCUAAAAAAAUUGAAUGGUUGUGAUUGGUCGAUAUAGUAUUUAAUACAUAUUAAAGUGUCAACAUAUCGGGGUAAACUAGAUUAUGCCUAUAGUCUAUGCUGCAUUCUGAUAUUUACUCAAUACUGAAAAUGUAUUCGACUUGUAUUUGUGAAUUAGUUUACAAGUUACAUAUAUAUUUUAUUUGAUUUUACUGAACAAUAUAAUAACUUAUGGAAAAUUACGUAGUAGAAAACAUUAAUAAUGACUUCCUUUCACAGUCUUAUUCUCAAAGCAUCGAAAGGAUUACGGGAAUCAAAGAUCACAUCUUUAAUUUUCAAAUACCAAAAAAGAUUUUGAAAGUUAGGGAAAAAUCUUGGAUUAAUUUGUUUGGCAAAUAUUCUAGAAAGAUGUCUGAUGAUAUAGUUCUCAAUGUUGAUACUUUAGAACCUGAUGAGGAGGAAAUAGAAAAAGAAGUUUGUAAGGAUGAAUAUACUUGUGAACAGCGAAUACCUAUGCGCAAACCAGCAACUUUGGUACAAUAUUGGAUAAACACUGGUAAUCAACCCUAUAAAGCACUUCUAGAUGAGAAUGAAUUGUCUGAUACUGGAGAGUCUCUCAGCGAGAAAGAUGUUACAUUUUUGUUACAUUCAUCGAUUUCAAAUACAAUAAAUGAAGGUAAAAAGCAGGAAUACAAAAGUGAAUCAUCCUCUAGUUCUGUAAACACUGCAGCUUAUAUUUUAUCAAAUACAAAUAUUACAAAUAAAGCAGAUACUAUAGCUAUUAUAGAAAGUGCAAAAUAUAACAAAAAUAUUAAUUCUUUAACAAAUAUUUGUAUUAAAGAUAUAAAACUUACAUCCGAUAAUAUGAUUCAGUGCAUAGAAAAUGCAAGACUCAAUUGUGUAACACACAAUGACAAUAGCAAUGUUAAUACUAAUGUUUCAGAUAUUGAAUUGUGUUCGAUGUCAAAAGACUAUAUAUCAAAAACAUCUGAUCAACCUAUUAACAUAGUAACAUCUGACAAUAUGAUACAGCCUAACAUGUAUUCGCAGAGUGAACAAACUAAUAAAUUGAAUGUACUCAGUUUCAGCGAAAAAAGUUUAGACAUCCAAAGUAGAAACGAUAAUAUUCAGCAGUUUAAUGAAACAUUGGAACGAUUGACUGGAAAUGGUGAAAACAACACUUCAAGUCAAGAAAGAAACAAGAUAUUAGAAGAAGAUAUUUCUUAUAAGGAGGGAGUGUCAGAAAAUAUUGCACAAGAAAUGAUUAGAAAUGAUACAAGUCUAACAGCUUUUUAUCGUAAGAAAUUAUAUACAGGUAGAAAUUCUCCUAUAGAUUUAAUGCAAACUGAAAAACAUAGUAUAAAAAGACUAUCUGGAACAAUGCAAAAUUUACAUCCAGCUUUAGAUUCUGACUGUACGAUUAAGAAAAAAACAUCAUUAGUUCACAAGGACAAAAGCAAAAACUUGUCUUCUUUUAGCAAAAGACAUUUUGGUUCUAAAAAAAGGAAAAAGAAAAGAAGAAAACGUUCUUCUAUUUCUGACAAAAUUAUUAUUGAUACUAAUAAUGAAUCAUCAAAUAAUAACAGUCAAAAUUCUUCCAUCAUUGAUAGUUCCUUCAAGACGAUUUUGUUAGACGAUAUCAAUUCAAAUAAACGAAACGAUAUUUUGCUUUUGGAGCGCAAUAAUGCAAAUACUUUUCUAAAGAAUGACACAUGCAAAGAUUUAUCUUCCCUUAAUAUAAAUCCAGUAGUUCUUUUGGAGCGGAUUGCACCUUCUUUUAUACAACAUAAAUUGAAAUCUGCCAAAAAUAACCACAUCAUGCAAAAAAGCAACGUAUGUAAUUCCAGACAUUUAAACGAAUCUAAGUUAUAUAAAUUAUAUGGUUCUAAUAUCGAAAAUGUAGAAACGAUAGAUAGCGACGAAAGUACUCUUCUUGUUUGCCAAUGUAAGACUGUUUCAAAAGAUAGUGAUUGCUCUUUUAAUUUGAGACUAAGUACUGAAGACGAUUUUUCUGUUUCAAAUACAGAAGAGAAAGAUGAUAAAUCAUCAAAUUCGAAGAAUAUUGAUGUUAGUCAGAAUAAAGAACCAUAUACUACUAUAUUAGAAGAAUUAUCUCCACACUUGUCAGUAAACAAAAGUAUAAAUGUUAAAUCCCAAGAAAUUGAUGCUACAGAGGGACGAUUACCAUCAUCAGCAAUGGAAUUACAAAUCUUUAAUAAAGAUGACACUAUUCGGCAAAAGCAUGUAUUAAAUAAAUCUAAAACUCUCUCUUCCAAUUCAUAUGGAACAAAUAAAAUAGAUAAUGUGAAAUCUCGAGAAAUUAAAAUUGUAUUGGAACGAUUACCAGCAUCAGUAAAUAAAAAUUCUACAAAUACAACUAUCAAAACAGAAAUUAUGAAUAAAAAUAACAUCCAGCAGAAAGAAAUAUUAAAUAAAUUUAAAACACAUUUUUCUAAUCCAUAUGAAAUGAACAGGACAGAUAACGUAAAACUCCGAGAAUUAAAAAUUACAUUGGAACGAUUAUCUUCAAAUAUAUGUAUUAAUAAUACUAAUAUUUUUGUUGAUAAAAACAUAAUUUCAAACAAUACAGACUUGCAUAAUAAUAAACGAGAAUGUCGAAUUAGAAAAAUAUCUGAAAAUGUAAAGACGUCUAUUCGAACAGCUGACAAAGUUGAUAAUAAUUAUUUAUUUAGAUCGCGUAUCAAAACUAAGAAAUAUAAUGAUUCAAGAAUAAGUGAUACAUCAGAUAUUGUAGAAUAUCAAGUUCCCGAUAAGAUAGAAUCCGAGUUUUCAAUUCAAUAUAAAAAUGAUAGCAAAAUGAACCAAUCUAAUCAUAGUAAAUAUUCAGUUUUAACUUUUACAUCAUCGGAUGAAGAUGAUUUUGUUCAGUUGAUAGAACAUCCCAAAAAAAGAUCAAAAUGUUCAAUAAAUGACAAGCUGUUAGAUGAAACAAACAUCAUUGCAAAGAAUUUGUCUGAUGAAGCUAAACUUGUUGCUACUAAUAAAGACAAAUAUAAUUGUAGCAGAAACUUAAGGACAGUAAUAUUUUCUUCAAAAAAGCCUAAAACAAUAAGAAAAACUUUUGAAUCAAUCAAAGAAAAAAAAGAAUCAAGUGAAAUCGAGAUAAAAUCUUCCGAUAACACAAUUACUUCCUUAAAAAUGUGUGAAAACGAGAAAUUGAUGUUCUUCCCAAAUGAGAAUGACAAUGAUAGUCUCGCUAAGAAUUUAGAACGAAAGAAAAGAACUUCUUUUCUUAAUUGUAACAAAAACAUAAGUAAUAGCAACGAAAAACGUUUGACUACAGUAGAAAUGGAAAGAAAUGGGAUAGAUUAUAAAGAUGACAGUUGUGGCAUAUUCUUCCAAACAAAAACGUUUUAUUCAGACUCCUCAGAUUUUGAAGAAAAUAAUAGUCAUACUGCAUCUAUUCGUAAGACACUCAAAAAUUCUUCUGUUCAUCAUAAAUUGCAAUAUCAUAAUCAUGCCAAUUUGGAAGAAAUCUUUAAUGAUUCUAAGAGUAGAAAACAUUCAAAUUCAUUAAAUUCUUCCUUUGAGAAACAUGAAGCCACUAAUCAAAUAGACAGUGUAGAAAUUGAAUUGGGAUCAAAUAACAAAGAAACUAAAAUAAGCAAACGAUUGGAUAAUGAAGAAUUUAAUAAGAUUAAUUCAAGAAUUAUUAAUACAAAAAAAGAUACGUCUGCUUGUUUUAUAAAUGAUAUAUCAAUACGAGAUACAACCACGCAAAAAAAUAUGUAUUCAAGUAUUUCUCUUGUAAAAAAUAAUUUUAGUAAUUUAUCAGAAAAUGAACAAAUCUCUGACAAAUCUAAGAAUAUGUCAGCUAUUCAGGGCGAUGUUAAAUCAACAAAAUUGUUAGUAUUUCAAACUAAAACUUAUUACGACUCUGAUUCGAACGAUUCUUUAUAGCAUUUUUUGGAAAAUAUGUGAUAGGAUAUUCGUGUUUAUAUGUUUAAAUUAUAUAAAGAAUAUAUGUAUGUGUAUAGAUGUAGAUAUAGAAAAAUAUAUACAAAAUAAGAUGAAGCUAGCUGUCAUACAUUAAAAUAGUAAACACAUAUAGAGAGAGAGAGAGAAUGUAAGAUAAUCUUAAUAUAUUAAUAAAUAAAUAAAUAUAUAUAUGUUAAA